AUGUACUGUAUCACCAUGGAUGUUUCACAGGAACAGGUUUCUAUGACCAGACACCCUAAUCUCCUUCAGCACCUUAAUAAGAGAAAAGCAACCGACAUGCCAGUACCGUAUCAACAGACAUUUCGUCUCGACAUUGAGAAAACUUUGACGGCUCUAUAUGUUGUUGGCACAGUGUUGAAAGUGAACCUAAACAGGAAUGCCCCUCCUACUUCCAAGUACUUCUCUGUGCAAUGCAGUCCCAGAGUGCAGUACAGGAUCACCCCACCCCCACUGGAGAGUGGGACCCUCCCCACCAGUCUCAAUGGUAAUACAGUGCUUCUUAUUACCAUGGACACUGCCAGCGAAGUGGGAAAUGAUAGCAAGCUAUCGGUCAUGUAUUAUGGAGAGAAGACGGAGGUGUUAGGGAAAGCUGUCGUUCACCUCACCGCUGUUGAGAUUUCUCUGGACGUAGAUGCUGAUCGAGAUGGCCAGGUGGAGAGGAACAACCCCAACAAGGGAUCCUGGAUGUGGGGGCCUAAUGGCCACGGUGCCAUCCUACUGGUCAACUGUGACUCAGAACGCACCUAUGGGAAGAGGCGGGACAGUGAGUAUGCUGAGGUCACGAGAGUCUCAGAUCUGAAAGACAUGUCCCCAAUGGUGCUGCGGACCAGUGGCCCUGCCAAGCUCCCAGAGGGCUACAAGCUGACCAUGCACAUCUCCCAGGGGGAUGCAGAGAGUGUCAGGGUCUUCAGGACCAGGUCCACAGCAGGCAUGCACCAAACACUGAAAAACCUGUUCUACAAGAGCUUUGUGAAGGACUACCCGCUGGUGCUGGGCAGUGAGGAUUUGUCCAAGGAGGUCCAGUACCUCGGGGGAAACGCUGAGAUGAAUUUCUACGUUGAGGGCCUGAGAUUCCCUGACAAAGACUUUGAGGGCCUCAUCAGCAUCAGCCUCAGCCUGCUGGAACCCAGCUCUCAGGGCUUUCCUGAGACGCCCAUCUUUACAGACAGGGUGGUGUUCCGUGUGGCUCCCUGGAUCAUGACACCCAACACACUCAACCCUGUGGAGGUCUUCGUCUGCAGCACAUCUGAUAACUACCAGUUCCUAAAGGGAAUGAGGAGGCUGGUGGAAAACAAUGGGUACAAGCUGAAGGUUUGCCAUGAGUACAUGAACAGAGGAGACCGCUGGAUGCAGGAUGAGAUAGAGUUUGGCUACAUUGACUCUCCUCACCAACGUUUCCCUGUUGUGCUGGACUCCCCCCGAGACGGAGAACUACAGGAUUUCCCUUAUGAUGUGCUACUGGGCCCAGACUUUGGCUAUGUGACGAGGACAGCAUAUAAUGAGGAAGUGAGCAGCUUGGACUCGUUUGGUAACCUGGAAGUUAGCCCUCCAGUCACUAUAAAUGGAAAGAACUACCCUCUGGGCAGGAUCAUAAUUGGAGUGGCUUUCCCCACGGCAACCAAGGGCCGCAACAUGACCAAAGUAGUGCAAGACUUCCUUUGGGCACAGAAAGUCCAGGAGCCCAUUGCACUGUUCUCUGAUUGGCUUCUGGUUGGGCAUGUGGAUGAAUUCAUGACUUUUGUUCCAGCUCCUGACAAAAAGGGAUUCCGACUGCUGCUCGCCAGCCCCGACGCAGGCUACAAACUUUUCAGGGGCUUACAGAAUGACAGGCAUGGACAAGCCAAAAUGUUUGACGGUCUUGGUGCAGAAGAAGAGAUUACGGUAGAUGAGAUUUUGAGUGAUGACAAACUCAGAGCAGAAAACGACUAUGUCCAGAGCUGUAUAGACUGGAACAGGGAUGUCCUUAAGAGGGAGCUGGGUUUAGAUGACGACGAUAUCAUUGAUCUGCCCAUCCUUUUCCAUGUGAUGGAGGAGAACAGGGCAGUGGCCUAUUACCCAGACAUGGUGAACAUGAUUGUGUUGGGGAAGAACCUGGGCAUCCCUAAACCGUUUGGGCCCAAGGUGAAUGGCUGCUGUGCCCUGGAGGCAGAGAUGACCUCCCUCAUGGAGGGCCUGGGACUCAGCUGCACAUACAUUGAUGACUUUGCCUCCUACCACAAACUGCUGGGAGAGGUUCACUGUGGCUCCAAUGUCCGUAGGGAACCCUUUUCCUUCAAGUGGUGGAACCUGGAGAUGUGAGGGAUUUGGGGCAAGGAAUGGUUGUAGUUAGAGGGAAUAAGGCUUGAUGUUAACAGCAGCAACAAUCGCCAGCAGCAGUCAUCUUCAAACAACAACAGUAGUCCUUGUACUGUAUUACCCCUUUGUCUUUAUUAAACAUGUAUUUGCCUUUUUUUU